AAAUACCCUUUUCCUUCCCUCUACAUAUACCCGCAUUUGUAUUUUAUCACAGGUGUGAGCUAGAGGCUUCAGCACACAAAAGCUGCCUUCUCUUUUUCUUUAAAAAAAAGUUAAAAGGGAAGGAAGAAGAAAAGCUAUCACGAUUAAUUCUUCGGUGAGUGGAUAUGCUAAACAUCAUUCACUUGUUAGAUCAACGGUAUGUGUCAAUCCUUCCCUUCCUCGUCUUCGUGUAUUUCCUCAUAAAAUGGCUCACUUCUCCUCUAGUAGCCCACAAAAAGCCGCCGCCCACCCCACCGAAUCUCCCAGUUCUUGGAAACCUCCACCAAAUUGGACUUUACCCUCAUCGCUCCCUCGUGCCACUGGCUCAGCGUUAUGGCCCUCUUAUGUUGCUUCAUUUUGGCAGCAAGCCUGUGGUUAUUGUCUCAUCCACGGAGUCAGCCCGCGAGAUCAUGAAGACCCAUGAUCUUGUUUUCUCAAGCAGACCCAAGCUAAGUGUCGCUGAGAAGCUUCUUUACAAUCUCAAGGAUGUGGCUGUAGCUCCAUAUGGCGAGCAUUGGAGAAAGAUGAGAAGCAUUUGUGUACUCCAACUCCUGAGCAACAGAAGAGUUCAGUCUUUUCGGGCUGUGAGAGAAGAAGAGGUAGAAUUCUUGAUGGAGAAGAUCCAGCAGAAUUCUUCGUUGUCUUUGCCUGUGAAUAUGAGCGAAAUGUUUUCUUCCCUGACAAACGAUGUGAUAUGCAGGGUAGCUUUUGGGAAGAAGUACAAUAAUGGUGAAGAUGGUAAAAAGUUUACCAAGCUAAUGGAUGAUUUGAUGAGGUUAUUGGGAAGCUCAUUAAAUAUUGGGGAAUUCAUUCCUUGGCUUGGGUGGGUUAAUUGGGUCAAUGGUUUUAAUGCCAAAAUUGAUAGAACGGCUAAAGAUUUUGAUGAAGUUAUAGAUGGGAUCCUUGAAGAGCAUAUGAUGAAUAAUCAGGAGGAUAAAACUCAUAGAAAUGGAAAAGAAGAUCCAAACAAGGACUUGGUGCAUAUUCUGCUUGAGCUUCAAAAGGAAAACGCAUCCGAGUUUUCACUUGACAGAGAACGUAUCAAGGCUCUCAUUUUGGAUAUGUUUCUUGGCGGGUCUGAUACCUCUUCUACAGUCCUAGAAUGGACGAUGACAGAGCUGUUAAGACAUCCUAGAAUCAUGAAGGAACUACAGAAUGAGAUCAGGAGAAUUACUCAUGAAAAAUCCAAAGUAACAGAAGAUGAUUUGAAUGAAAUGCAUUACCUCAAAUUGGUGAUUAAAGAGGCUCUUCGCUUGCAUCCGCCUUUUCCAUUGCUAGCCCCAAGAGAAUCAAUCCAAGAUGCCAAAAUAAUGGGCUAUGAUAUUGCUGCUGGAACUAUGGUUCUAAUCAAUGCUUGGGGCCUGGCAAGAGACCCCAACACUUGGACCAAGCCUGAAGAGUUCUGGCCUGAGAGGUUCUUGAAUAAUCCUGUAGAUUUCAAAGGCCACCACUUGGAGUUCAUCCCAUUUGGAGCUGGUAGGAGAGGUUGUCCAGGAAUGCCAUUUGCCACGGCACUUGUGGAGCUUGCGUUGGCGAAUUUGGUGAAGAAUUUCGAGUGGUCAUUGCCUGGUGGGGCAAAGGGGGACGACUUGGACAUAGCUGAAUCUAUUGGUAUUACCACUCGUAGGAACAAUCCUCUUAUUACGAUUGCUACAUCUAUCUCUCAUUAGCACUCUCCAUCUCAUUUGGAAAAUUCUUAGUUAAAUAUGUAUGAAUAUAUAUUAUUAUGAAUCUAAAAUAAUCUAAAAUAUAAUAAUAUAAUAAGACCGCUUAUUUUAUGUAGAAAUCUAUCAUAUUUGAUCACAUGAACUCUCCAUAUUUUCAAUUGCUUAUAAUUAAAUUAUGAAAUUAUUUUAAUUUGAUUAAUUUAACUUUAUUAUUAACGAUAUUAAUUGCUUAAUAUUCAAUUAUUACAAGAAACAUAUCAAUUUAAACGUUAUUCUAUCAAUGAUGAGAACAUAUAUUUUAAUAUUUUGUAAUGCACUCGUUAAAAAUUAAAUAAUAUUAAAAAAAAAUUCAUGCUUUUGAUAUUCCUAAUAUUUUCAUAUCACAUCAAAUUUUUGUCGUUUCCACCUAGACUCUCGGCAUGGAUUGGAGCCUCUUUGUUGCCGUCGUGCGGUGGGUUCCAGCGUCGACGAAAGGCAGCGACAUUCCUCCGUCAUUACUCCUCUCUGUUUCUUCUUCACGAAGGCUAUGUUUGGGAAGUUGAGUAGGAAGAAAAGAAAGUAAAACGGAGGAAAUAAGAAAGGAAAGUAAAAAUAAUGAAAUUUUUUUUUGUUUGAAUAUUAGAGCGAAAAAUAAAAGGAAAAAAUAGU